AGCCAGUGGUGUUUCUUCAACAUGGUUUACUUGUAGAUGCUGCCAACUGGUACCAAAAUCUUCCUCAUAACAGCCUGGCUUUCAUGUUAGCAGAUGCUGGAUAUGAUGUUUGGCUAGGAAACAGUCGAGGAACAACCUGGUCCAAAAAACAUAUCUCUCUUUCACCUAUAUUUGAAAAGUACUGGGAAUUCAGUUAUGAUCACAUGGCUAAAUAUGACCUUCCAGCAUUUAUAAAUUUUGUCCUUCAGAAAACUGGACAGCAACAAGUGUAUUAUAUUGGUCAUUCACAAGGAACAACAAUGGCUUUUAUAGCUUUUUCUACAAAUGCCCAGCUUGCUUCAAAAAUCAAGCUCUUUGUUGCCUUGGCACCUGUGGCCACAGUUAAGCAUGCAAGAACUCCUCUAGCAAAACUUUCCAAACUUCCUGAUUUACAAAUCAAGCUCAUGUUUGGACAGAAAGAUUUUUUGCCAAAAACGUAUUUUGGUUCUAUAGCAGCUGCUGCAAUGUGUAGCCAACAAAAUGUUGCACCUAUCUGUCGCAAUCUCCUGUUCGUUGUGGCUGGAUUUAAUGAACACAACUUAAAUCUGAGCCGAAUAGAUGUUUAUGCAGCACAUGCCCCAGCUGGAACAUCCGUACAGAAUAUAAUCCAUUGGAAACAGGCAGUCCAUGGAGGUAAACUUCAAGCAUUUGAUUAUGGAUGGCUGAAAAACCGAUUUCAUUAUAACCAGAUGGAACCUCCUGAAUAUGACAUAACACAGAUGACUGUGCCAACUGCAAUUUGGAGUAGUGGAAACGACUGGCUUUCUGGACCUGCUGAUGUUGAUGUUCUAAUUCCUAAAAUCAAAAACCUCAUUUUUCAUGAGUCUAUUCCUGAGUGGAAUCAUCUGGAUCCUUUGUUUGGUCUUGAUGCACCUGAAAAAGUGUAUUAUAAAAUCCUUAAUUUGUUACAGAAGGAUCCUUAGGCACCUUUGUUGCCCUUUGAGCUAACUCAAUUUUUCAUGCUGGUGGUAUUGCUUUUUUUAAAAAAUAAAAUUUUCUGAAUGCUUGCAGAAAAUGUGUAUGAAUUAAAACUUUUUAAAUUCCA